AAAUCAGAAACUGACCAAUAUAGCAAGUAGGAAAUGGCAGGAAAGGACGAAAAGAGUGUGGCUGAGGAAUAUGUGUAUAGAAUCAGCACUGCUGCGGAGUGGGAGGCUCUUCAAUCUAGUGGUAGUAUCUUUGGUGGUGAGCUUGAUAAGUCCACUGGGUGUAUUCAUCUCAGCAAUCUCAAUCAGGUGCAACCAACUUUGAAGAACUUUUUCCCAAAGUCCAAGACGGAUCUUUAUUUGCUCCAAAUCGAUGCUAAAAAGCUUGGGGAUGGAUUGAUUUACGAAGAUGUGGAUGGCUCCAACGUCUUUCCCCAUUUCUAUGGUCCCGAUAGAAGUUUCAGUCCACUCCCUUUAGACGCAGUUAAGAAGGCAGAGAAGCUAGUUCCGUCAGAUUCCGGAUAUGUUUGUAGCUUGCUAAAUUAGUCAGCAUCUCUCUUGUAACCUUGAAAGUAAACUGGUGUGCUUUUGUUAAUUGUGUGUGGCAGUACAAUAUGAAAGAUAUGUGUAUCAAAUGUCUUAUACCUUAAGUUGUUUGGUAUGUGUUUGGAAAUUUAUAUAACUUCACAUAUUGUUAAUAAUCAUAAUAUAUGUGGUUAGAUGAAGAUGAUA